CAAGUGACGAAGAUGGUGAAGGCAAUCAUAGCACCUUCGAUGCUGUCAUCAGACUUUGCUAAUUUGGCAUCUGAAGCAGAGCGCAUGCUCAACUGUGGUGCCGAUUGGCUGCACAUGGACAUCAUGGACGGGUAGGUCAGAUGUUCAGGUCAAGUUCUGGUUGUAUGCAUGUUAUAAUGAUGGGUGGAUAAUUGAAUGAAAAUUAUGCUCAUUAGAUUUUUUCAUAUUUCUGAACACAAAAGGCACUGUAAUACUCUUUUUCGUACUUGGCUCUUUUGCAGUCACUUUGUCCCAAACCUUACCCUUGGUGCUCCAAUUAUCGAGAGUCUCAGAAAGCAUACAAAGGCAUAUCUAGACUGCCACCUAAUGGUCACUAACCCCCUUGAUUAUGUUGAACCUCUAGGCAAAGCUGGGGCCUCGGGCUUUACUUUCCAUGUUGAGGCAUCUAGAGAUAAUUGGCAAGAGCUUGUUCAAAAGAUAAAGUCAAAGGGCAUGAAACCUGGAGUUUCUUUGAAGCCUGGUACACCAAUUGAAGAAGUGUACCCACUGCUUGAUGGUGAAAACUCUGUCGAACUGGUCCUUGUUAUGACUGUUGAGCCUGGUUUUGGUGGACAAAAGUUUAUGCCAGAGAUGAUGGAUAAGGUACGCACUCUCAGAAAAAAGUAUCCAUCACUUGAUAUCGAGGUGGAUGGUGGUUUAGGACCUUCAACCAUUGAGGCAGCAACAUCAGCUGGAGCAAACUGCAUAGUUGCAGGAAGUUCAGUGUUUGGAGCUCCAGAUCCAGCACAAGUCAUAACUUUGUUGCGAGGUAGUGUGGAGGAAGCUCAGAAAAGGAGUUGAUAUCAGAAGAGGCAAGAUCUCAUGUUGUAUUUUAACAACUAUUAAAACUAUACCAUCUUUAUAAUGUUCGCAGAAUCAAUAUCUCGAGAUGCCUGCACUUGUUGAGUUAUCCAAGUUCUAUUUGUUGAAUAAGGUUAAACAUGUAUUUUAUCAUAUCAUUUUGAAACUUCCACACAUAUUGAGUUAUCUAAGUUGUUUUUUUGAAUAAUGUGAAAUAUCUGGUGCUGGAUUUAGUU